GUACCAACUAAACUCUCCAAAAUUCUUUCCUUCCUGUUUUAAACUUCAAUAGACAAGAUGCCCGGAGUAACAGUAAAAGAUAUUGAUCAACACGCUGUUGUUAAAGCUGUAGCUGUCUUUUUAAAAAAGACUGGUAAACUAAAGGUUCCAGAACAAAUGGAUAUCAUAAAAACAGCCAAAUUCAAGGAAUUAGCUCCAACAGAUCCAGAUUGGUUUUAUAUUAGAUGUGCAUCAAUUUUAAGACAUCUUUAUCAUCGUAGUCCAGCUGGUGUUGGUUCAAUCACAAAAAUUUAUGGUGGACGUAAACGUAAUGGUGUUCAUCCAUCACAUUAUUGUAGAGCAGCUGAUGGUGCAGCCCGUAAAGCUUUGCAAUGUUUAGAGCAUGCUAAAUUAGUUGAAAAACAUCCAGAAGGUGGCCGUAAAUUAACAUCAACCGGUCAACGUGAUUUAGACAGAAUUGCAAAUCAAAUCGUCUCAAAACAACGUGAAAUCAAAUAAAUUUUAGGGAUGUAUUCCAAGAAAUUAAGAAAAAAAUAAAUUUUUAAAUAUAUUGGAA